AAAUAAAACCAGUUGAUGAAGUUUGGAGGAAAUAUCCCACCAUCCCUUUCCUCCAUAUUCCUGACCCCAAAUAGGAAGGAUUCCCAACAGAUCUCCUCUUUCUCCUUCCAGGAGGUGCCACAGGAGCAUUUGAGCUCCCUGAGGAAAGGGCGUGAAGAAGCCAAGGCUGAGAGGGAGAGGCAGAGCGAAGAUUUGCUGAAGCAGACAGAAGUGGAGAGGCAGAAGAUUGUGGCCGAGUGCAAGGAGCUCCGGGGCUUCCUGGAAGAGAAGGAGCAGCUCCUGCUGUCCCGUCUGGAGGAGCUAGACAGAGACAUCGUCAAGAGGAGAGAUGAGAGCGUCUCCCGGCUCUCCGAGGAGAUUGCCCAGCUCGAUAAGCUGCUGGGCGAGCAGGGAGGAGAAAAUGGCCCAGGAAACCAGUCGGGGCAGGUGAGAUUCCUGGCCUGUGUCCUCCCAGCCUGGAGGUUAUGGUGUGGCCGGGUGUAAGUGUAAAACCCGGGA